CAAUAGCGUCGUUGUGUUACUUCAGCAGAUGUCUCGCCGCACCGAGGUCAUCAUUUCCGCGAAGUGCACCCAUCGAUAGAUUGUAGACCUAAUGUAUCAGAGAAUUGCAGUAAUAAUACCGAGGUAGCCUCCGCGCGGCUGGCACAAUUACUCACACGUCCACCGUGGCGUGAGUGCCACGAUCAAACCAGGAAAUCACGAACGGCCCAUCAAAGGAUCAAAGCUUAAUCGUAUCUCGAAACACGAUAAAUAGCAUUUUAAAUUAAUUAGCAGGAAGUAAUCGCGUAAUCAAUUAAUCUACGCGAUUAAGGAUUAUUCUGUGUUAGAAUUUCGCUUGAAACUGUCGUGUUUUGAAUUAAAAUGGUAAUUAAAAAGAUUUGCUGUUUGGGAGCGGGGUACGUCGGCGGGCCUACCUGCAGUGUUAUAGCUCUAAAAUGCCCGGACAUCAAAGUGACUGUGUGCGAUAAAAGUAUAGAUCGCAUAAACCAGUGGAAUUCGGAGAAAUUACCGAUCUAUGAGCCCGGGUUAGACGACGUCGUGAAUGAAUGCAGAGGGCGGAAUCUAUUCUUCUCUACGGACAUAGCGACUAGUAUUCAAGAAGCUGAUCUGAUAUUCAUCUCUGUCAACACUCCUACGAAGACUAUCGGUAAUGGAAAAGGUCGCGCCGCGGAUUUGAAGUAUAUAGAAGGCGCUGCGCGAAUGAUUGCCGAUAUAGCAACUAGCAACAAGAUAGUGGUCGAAAAAAGCACUGUACCGGUUAAAGCUGCAGAGAUAAUCAUGAAAAUAUUACGCGCGAAUACUAAACCUGGUGUUAACUAUCAAAUAUUGUCUAAUCCGGAGUUCCUGGCUGAAGGUACGGCUAUAGUUGACUUGGUAGAAGCUGACCGAGUCUUGAUUGGUGGAGAAGACACACCUGAUGGCCAGCGUGCUGUCCAGGAGCUCUGCUGGGUGUACGAGCACUGGAUACCCGCUAAAAAUAUCCUGUUAACCAACACUUGGAGUUCUGAGCUGUCCAAACUAGCAGCUAAUGCUUUUCUUGCUCAAAGAAUUUCUAGUAUCAACUCUCUGACAGCUGUCUGUGAAGCCACCGGGGCUGAUGUGUCAGAGGUAGCCAGGGCCGUUGGUCGGGACUCGCGAAUCGGUCCCAAGUUCCUAGAAGCCUCCGUCGGCUUUGGAGGCAGCUGCUUCCAAAAAGACAUCCUGAAUCUAAUCUAUUUAUGUGAAUGUCUAAACUUGCCAGAAGUAGCUGCAUAUUGGCAGCAAGUUAUCAGCUUGAAUGAUUACCAGAAGACCAGAUUCACUCGGAAAGUUAUUGAAUCACUCUUCAAUACAGUUUCAGAUAAAAAGAUAGCUAUACUAGGCUUUUCAUUUAAAAAAAACACCGGUGAUACUAGAGAGUCUCCCGCUAUACUCGUUUCUACGACAUUAUUAGACGAGGGAGCUAAACUGCACAUCUACGAUCCGAAAGUAGAGAGAGAACAGAUGCUAUAUGAACUAACACAUCCAUCUGUAACAUCAGAUCCUGAAUCGGUAAAGAAGAAUGUUGUAAUUCAUGACUCCGCAUACUCAGCGGUCACGGGAGCUCAUGCUAUAGUGCUCUGCACAGAAUGGGACGAGUUUAAAGAGCUGGAUUAUAAGAAGAUAUUUGAUGUGAUGAUGAAGCCAGCAUACUUGUUUGACGGGAGGAAGAUAUUGAACCAUGACGCGCUGCUGGAGAUCGGGUUCCAUGUUCAAACUAUCGGGAAAAGGCUGUCGAGGUCGAGCAGCAUAAGGGCACAGGGCAGCCAGACUUCAUAAAUGUAUCGUCACAAAUAAUAAAAGCAUGAGAUUAGAGCUACCGAGGAUAUUCGUCCUAACGCAACUAAGAAAGUACCAACAGAUGUAGUGCAUAAUAACGCUGCGUCUUACGUAAGCGAACAACUCGCGAACGCGACGCGGCGCGGCGCGGCGGGCCCAAGGCGCUCGCGUUCGCAACGAGAUCGCCCCCGUAGGACACUUCUAUAGGCAUCAAAGGAUUGAUUCGCCCCGCGCCGCAUCGCUUCGCUUCGCGUUCGCGUGUUGUGCGCCUACGUAGUAUGCUGCGUAAUAGUUAUUUGUUUUACAAGGGGGCAAAGUUGUUGUUUAACCGCACUUGCUAAUAUUGAUACCCGAGCAAGCGAAAGAUUCCAAAAUUGAACUACGAGCGUAGCGAGUGGUUCGAAAAACGGAAUCUUGAGCGUUGCGAGGGUUUCAAAGCACGAGGGUUAAACAAAAUUUGCCCCCGAGUGAAACACAAAAUUUUUCACCACACCAACCCGAUGAAAAUAUUAACUGUAAGAUAUCAAACAAAAACAAAUCCAAAUGAAUGUUAUGGAAAACAAUUAUGCACUACAUCCGUAAGUAUACACCAGUCAUAACAAUGUCAUAGGUAGUAAAAAUGUUAAAACAACCGUUUUAUGUGUGUAGCUAUUUAUGUGAAGGUAAAUAAACUACAGGUUAUAUAUAGCUAUUAUAUAGUCUGUAUCUUUAGGUAUUUAAAUAAAAGUAAACGAACAAUUUGUACAUUUUCGGGUAGUUAUAACAUUUAUCGUUUAACCGACCAAAUACAAAACCGCCUGGAUCUGUCACUGGACGACCUGACUUUAACCUACAUUAUUUGAUCGUGUAAUGUUUUCAUCUGCCCUCAACUGGCUUAACUUAAGGGGCCAUUUGAGGGUAGGUUUUGUUUACUUUUAUUUAAAUACCUAAAGAUACAGAGUAUAGUUAUUAACUGUUUUUAAUACUGUAAACUCAGGUAACUUUAGUCCACAACUUAUAACUGAGGAGUGUCUUUUCAAAAGCACUUAUUUUUGUAUUUACAUUGAGAAAUAAGCCCUUUUGAAACGACUCCUCAACUGUGGUCCAAAUUCAGAUACCAGUAAAAUAAUGUGUAAGUAUUUUUCAAAUUCUGUUGAGUAUAUAAUAUAGAAAAAGCAUUGGUGUAUCUAAGCUCCAGUAUGAAUGUAACGAGUACAAAAUAAAUCAUAUAAAGGCUCGUUAUCGUUAAGAAUCAACGUUAUAAACUGGACGAUGAUUUUAGUAUAGGACUAUCUAUAGUUACCUCAUCGACGUAUAUAUCUAUGGACUGGCCUUACGGGCACUAAAAAUGGUACUAGUUCAGCGGUGUUACUCACGAAUUCGAGCCAAUCGUGCAGUCUAACGCAACUAGUUGCGACCAAUAGCGCGCGUGAUGCGGACUCAUCAACCAAUCGCGCGCGUGAUGCGAACUCAUCAACCAAUCGCGUUGAAGCGGUGUCACACCACUGUACUGGCCCCCGUCAUGUCUCAUUAUUAUUGCCCGUAAAGCCAGUCCCUAGAUAUCUAUGUCAAUGAGUUACCUGAAUUAGCGGUACUUCACAGCAAUAUAUUUUAUAAUAUGUCGGUAUUCGCCACAUUAACCAUGUAUGUUUACUAUCGAUUAUACCCAGUUAUUCUUUGGUUAAAAUUUAAUAUUUCUUGGUGAAACUGUGUAGUGAUUUUCACAUGUUUUACCACUAUUUACCGUAUACAUAUGUAAUUAUGAUUUAGAGUAUAGGCAUUUGCGAUAAAAUGGUCACAAUUUAAACUGCCAAAUAAUGCAUUGUUUUAUCAGUUUAACCUUGUACGUCCCGGCGUACUAAAUUUAGAACAAAUCACGAUAAGUAUUACGUAAAAAUAUUAAAACUUGAUUUACGUUUCGAAAUGAAAAACUAUAUAGGUACAUAAGUUAUUUUAGACUAAGGAUAAGUAAUUUAACUUUUAUAUUGUAAAAAUAUUUAAUUUUAAUAAAUAUUACACAAACUAAGUUAUGGAUUUAUGGAAUGGUUUAAAGGUGUAUUAGGCUGAUUCCGAGUGCUUUAGAAUGUCGGCGAUUCCAAAAAUCACUUCAUUACAUGCCAUUAAAGCCAAUUUCCGGAAUUACCCGAUACUCUUAAGUAUUUCGAAUUAUAUAGCCGUUUAAUAUAAUAUUUUUUUGGCCUGUUAACUUCAUUUUAAUUUACGUUCAUGAAAUAAAACAAUUUAAAAAGAUUAUAUUGCGUACUCUGAACCUG